GAAAAACUGUUUUUUGGAGUGUAGUUUAUUUAAAAAUGUCUAAAAAUUACGUGACAAGUUAUCGCGGUGAUACAUACUUUACGCCAACCGGCAAAUUAAACAUAAAGGACGAGCCAGUUACUCCAAUUGAGGAAGACUUCGGCGAUCACAACAAUUUGGAUGAUUCAAUUAAUCUCGAAUAUGGAGGAAUGAAGAAAUCUAUGUCUAUGAACGACAUAGCUUCUCUUACUGCGGACCUAAUAAAACUGGGAUAUUAUGAACAUGCAGACCACAGGCACCAUAGAGUUACAGGAACGGGCGAGCUGUCAAAAACGAAAUUUGUAUCAAUGGCUGAAGCAGUUUAUCAUUAUCAGAGAGACACGCCAAAUCGCUUCCAUUCAAGUCGACCUCAAGCAUUCCGUUCUAGUGUCGCUCCAGAGCCGUCAGGGCUCACUAUUCCUCAGUCACCCAUGUUGAGAUGUAAGGCACGCUCCCGACCUCUUCACGUUAUGUCUCAAAAAGAAAAAGAAGAGAUGGAAGCCGAAGAAAUUAAAAAAUUCAAGAUUAAAGCUAAUCCAAUUCCGAAAUCAGUGAUUGAAGGUUGUAGAAACCUUCCUGAGGUGCCAAAGAAAUUGCCAACGGUUCCUGAACCAUUCCACUUGACCGAAGUGAAUAAAAAAUUAGCCCAAUCACCCAUACAUGUUCCUGUAUUCAAAGCGCGUCCUGCACCCAAACACAUACUUGAGAAACCACAGGUGUGUCCAAAACAGGCAAUUCCAGUCACCAUACCUGUCACUCCCAAGUUUCACUACAAACCACCCCCUCAGACACACAAUUCUGCACCUAAACCACCCAAGCCAGUUGAAAAAUCAGCCCGUCUCGGACCCCUAUUAGUAGAGCCAUUUUCAUUUGAGAAGAGAGAUGAAGAAAUCAAGCGCCGUCGUGAAGAGAGAAUUAGAAAACAACUUGAAGAGGAACGCAAACAAGCAUGCCAAUUCAAAGCUCAGCCUCUGCCGGCAGCUGUAAAGAAGCGAAUGCAAGUCGCUACUGUCAAAUGCGGUUCAUCUUCGGCAUCCUCGGAAAAUAAAGAGAACCGCAUCAAAUUUGAAGCCAAACCUCCCGUAGUAUUGUACAAAGAACCUUUCAAACCUGUACUAAAGCAAGUGCAACCUGUGAAACCUGCUCCAUUCCAGCUAACAACGGAAAAGAGAGCAGUGGAUAGAGAGAUAUUUGACAAGACUUUGAAAGACAAGGAGGAACAACAAGAGAGACUUAGACAACAGAGAGAGAAGGAGAUACGAGAGGCCGAGGAGCGGGCUAAUGCUGAACUGAGAGCUAAAUUGGUGCACCAUCCAAAACCAGUUCCUGUGGUCCACCACCCAUUUGUUCCGGAAAGAUCCGUGGCUCCACUCACUGUGCCAGAAACCCCUAAAUUUAUUAGGAGAUUGAAGCAACAUUAAUAGGCCAGCAUACUAGAAUGAUCACAUGGUUUUAUAGCAUUUAUCCC